UCUAAUAACAUCAGGGAAGUGUUUUAUGUAGCUGAGGCAAAACAAGGGAAUUGUUUUUGAUGAAAAGCUCAUAAAGGAAUUAGCCGCACCGCAGUAAUGUCCUUCCUGGGGUAUUAGUACCAAUGUUAAGUUGGUUAACCGAGUGUUAACUUUAACUCAAGUGUUAUUCGAGACUUUAUCGCUACGAAGAGGAGGGCGAAUAAUUACGACAUCAACCUGAGCUUCCUGAAGUUAAGCUAGGUAACCUAAACCAACAGAAGGAGAAACACGGAGUUCAGGGAAAGGUUAACGAACAGUUUGGCGUGGUAAUAUAUCUAAUAACUCGGAUUAACGAGACUUCCGCGAUGUCUCUGGCCGACCAGAGCCAGACUUGGUUCCCUACGAGUGUGCAGGUAACGGUGCACCAGGCUCGGAACCUGCGUCCAAAGGGCAAGAAUGGCACCAACGACGCCUAUGCCAUCAUGCAGGUGGCCAAAGACAAGUUUUCUACAUCGGUGUCGGAGAAAUGCAUCGCCCCGGUGUGGAAAGAAGAGGCUUCCUUCGACCUGCCACUCUUCCACCCGGGAAACGCUGACCGGUGCACCCUGCAUAUCAUCGUGAUGCACCGGGCCCAGGUGGGGCUCGACAAGUUCCUGGGUCAGGCUGUGGUCAACCUGCUGGACCUCCAUGACAACAAGUCCAGCAAAAAGACAGAUUGGUUCAAGAUGGUGGACAAGAGUGGAAAAGAGGACAAGGCGCGAGGGGAGGUGCUGCUAGAUAUCCAAUUUAUGAGGAACAACAUGUCAGCCAGCAUGUUUGACCUUUCUAUGCAGGACAAACCGCGCUCUCGCAUCUCCAAGCUGAAGGACAAAGUCCGUGGGAAGAAGAAAGAUGGUUUCUCCGACUCUGCUUCAGCUAUUGUUCCCUCUGUCAGCAAUGUCCUCACAGACAGCGAGGGCGAGGCUGACGCACAGUCACUCAACCAGUCUCCUGGAGUUAAAAAGAAAUCAAGGCUCAAAACUCUUUUUGCUCCCAAAUCAAACUUGCAGAAAAACAUGUCACAGUCCAUGUCCACACUGGGGACUCUUCCAGAGAAGAAUUCAUCUCUCAGCAGCAGCCGCUCAUCCGGCCUCAAUGUUGACUCUCCUGAUGUCAAAAGGAAAUUCAAAUUCCUGGGACACAAGCGGACAGGCAGCUCCGACAGCAAGGUGUCUCAGGGUGCUUUCUCCCUCCUGGGUCGCCACAAGCACAGCAACAGUGACAUAAACAGCACGUGCAUCAACGGCAACCAUGUGUACGCCGAGGACGAAGAGCCCAAGAGUGGAUCCACUCUCAGUCUAAACAGCUCAGGACAAGGAUCUGUAGAGGAUGUCAGCAAACACACCACGGAAGUCCCUGUAGAUGCCUUUGUAAGUGUCCCCUCCUAUAAGCAAGAGUCAGACCAGAAGGCAAGCCUGGAGCAACAACGCCACCAAGAGGAGGAGGGGAGAAGGGAAGCAGAGGAGAGGCGCAUAGCAGAGGCCAAGAGGCUGGUGGAAGAGGAGAAAUACAAGAUACAGCUCAAGAGACUGAAGGAGGAAGAGGAUCUCAGAGUGCAAGAGGAACAGGAGAGGAAGAGACGCUUCCUCGAGGAUGAAGCGAGGAGGAAGGAGGACGAAGAGAGGAAGAAGCAAGAGGAAGCAGCUGAAGUACAGAAGCUCGAAGAUGAGCGUCGCAAAAUCGAAGAGCAGAAACGUCAGGAGGACGCAUCCAUGAGCGACCGCCUGUCGUCUCUGUUCGGAAUGAUCAGAAAGAAGGAGGAGAAGAAGGAAGAGCCACAAACUAAAGAAGAGUUUCCAACAAAAUCCCCUCGCAGCAUCUCAGAAGAUCCCGAGCAACCGACCUCCCAUCGCUCCAGCAACCCCUUUGAGGACAUUUCCCUCAGUCCAGAUCAAGCACUAAAUGGAAGCCCAGCUGAUCCUCAGAAAUCCAGCCGCACCCCACAAGGCCCCUCUGCCAUGACCUUCCUCAACCGCUCCGCAAAAGUGUCUGCAGUCAAACCCAGAUUUACUCCAUCUCUUGAGUCUGAACCUGCCGAUUGCCAAACCCCCAGUCAGCUGUGUCCUUCCCCAGAAACCUCUGACACCAGCCUCUCUAGUGUCCCGUCUGAGUGUUCUGAUACGUUCUCCAGUCUCCACUCAUCCUUGGCUCCACCGAACAUAAGCCAAAGCCCGUCCGGUUCUCCUCUGGGCAGCGUAGAGGAUUUGUCUUCUGUUGGAUCUUCACCAACCAUGGCAGAUAAGAAAAGAAGGGCCCCUGGGACCCCCUCGUACUCAGGACAUGGGAGCCUUAAUGGUGGAAAUACCGCUCCUGUCAGAGAGAUCACAAACCCUGCAUACGUAGAGGCGGAGACGCAGCAAGGUGGAAAAGUAUCCAUACCACUUCCUGAUUAUGAAAGCCUAUUCCCUCAGAAGAGACACGGAGUGCAAGGGCACACUCGAUGGGACCAUCUGAUCGCUGAGGUCAAUCAGAAACACAGGGACAGUUCAGAGAUGAGUGUGGAUGGUCCGGAGGAACAGCGACCCAGUGUAAAGGCUUCAGUCCCUCAGGAGAGCGCUGCAAGUAGGUAUUUUCAAUCCCGAUCUCAGGAUAUCAAAUCUAUCUCAUCAAAAAAAGCAGCUGCCCCAGCUCCCCCUAAAUCAAGUGCACCUCCACAACCUCGAUCAGUUGCAGAUUCUCCUCAGAGUCAGAGUACCGCUCAGCAAUAUCCCAUGAGGCACAAUCUGCCUGCAGUCCCAGAACCUGUGAGCACAAACAGAGAAAGUCCCUCAGGGGUGUCCAGGGAUGGACCAAGGAAGGCGUUGCUCCCAUCAACUGCUGCAACACAUGCACCCAGGCCAACCAGCCAAAUGGACUCGCACGCACCAUUAAACGAUCAAAGACAAGUCGGUGUGAACAAAGAGAUCCCCACAGCCAAACCCAGACAGAGGACUAGUGGAAGAGACUCCGUGCUGCAAGAAGAUUCUGCUGCGACACCAGUGGUCUCAGACAAACAUUUGAAGAGUAACCUUCAAACAUCAUCUCGUUCAAGUAUGAGCAACGUGGAUACAAAAGGCAGGCAAGCAACGGAGAAAUUGGACUUUGACCCAUUCCCCAGUACUGAUCUUAUUUCCAAAGACCCGUGGGCUCCGCCAAAGGGACACCAAAAAGAAGACCUUUUCACCAGCAGUGUUCAAAAAGAGUCCAAAGUUGAAGAUUUGGGAAUGACACCAGACGAUCUUGAUUCAAUGUUUGGUCAAGAGAAACUUUCCGAUCCAUUUGCUGACUUUAACGGCAGUGGUUCAAACAAAUACAGUGAGGUCAUUGAACAAGUAGAAGAUCCAAAGCAAGUCAAUCCUGCUUUCCAGAGAAAUAAUUCGAACAGAGGAAGACGAACACCUCCGUCCACCACUCUCUCUGCUGAUAGGUCUUCCAAGUCUCUACAAGAACCCGCAUAUAAAGAAGUAACCACAGCGAACAAAGCCCCCUCUGCGAGAGGUGUCAGGAAAGAGUCUAUCACACCGACGCCUUCAGCUGAUGCCAAUACACAAAACACAUUUUAUGGAGGAGAAGAUCAAUUUGGAGCUGAACCGUUUGCCUCUGUGUUGAAUACCUCAGAACCCCUCGAGGUGGUUAUGGAGGAGCCGUCGUCUCAGGCAGAGGAUUUGUCUGGGGGAAAGGCACCUUUGAGAGCAUGGGUCUCCCCAUCUGAUGUUCAGUCUGUCAGUGCUCAGAAUAGCAAUGGAGGUGGGCUAGCUUUAACUCCACGCAGGCCUCAUCCUGUGAAACCUAUGAACUUGGAGAGCCAGCAAUCCAUCAGCACCCCCGCUGUGAAAGAUAUAAAUAUCCGUGACAGCACAGCAGGGAAGACUCAGGUGGUGUCCUCGGUGCAGAGUGGGCCGUACACCCAGCUGACGCAGGAGGAGCUGAUCACGUUGGUGGUGAGGCAGCAGACCGACCUGUCCCGAAAGGACUCGAAGAUCGUUGAGCUGGAAGAGUACAUCGACAUCCUGCUGGUCCGCGUCAUAGAGGAGAAACCCAGCAUCCUGCAGUCCCUCACGAAACCAGUGUAAGGUCCCAGCUGCUGGAGGAGAAGCGAGUCCCCCUUAAGGGCACAGUCAUGUUGGUUCUGUUUGUCACUGUGAGACACAAUCUCUACAAAGGUCUUAUUAUAAGCAUAUGCACUUUCUUAUUUCAGAGCUAAUGUCCCUUUAAAAUUGUCUCCAAAGAUAUAUUGGGUGAUCAUUUAAUAACAAUCAAAUUAAGAUCUUUUUAUGAGCAGACUGUUUUGACACUAAGGUACUGGAAUUUGCUUUUAAAAUGUGUUACAUAGAUUACUAUUAAGCAUUUUGAUUUACAUACCAUACUUUAUAAAGCUUGGGUUUAUUUAAUAUAUAAUUGAUGCUGAUAAAAAAACAAUUAUUUUUUAAAUAUUAUCUUGCUUUUUUUACUCUUCACCAUGAACCGUUGUGUAACUUAUUGCCGUGCGAUGUACGAUCAUUUACAUAAACAACCAUUCCAAAUUCAUGCACCAUCAGAUUGUGUAAGCGUGAUAUUACUCUUGUAUAAAUGAAUCUAAUGAGCCGGUUUAAAAUUAAGAUCAUUUAUAUUACAAGGGUUCAUUGACUUUCCCCUCCAUUACUGAGGUCUUGAUUAUUCUUGGCUUGCAUGUGGUUUUUUUUAAACUACCUAAACACUGCGAUUCCUCCCACUUUUAACUCACCACAGUUGAAUGUCAUCAGAUCAAGUCCUUAAUAACAAAAUGUGCCUAUUUUCGCUUUAAAACGGGCUUAUUAAGAAAACAGCAAUACAAAAAAACAAGCAGCUGCUUUUGAAUCUACAUAGUUUGAAUAACACAGCAGGUUAAGUGUGUGUGUGUGUGUGUGUGUUAUUUAGCCUGUGGACAUAGUUUUACAUAUUAUGCAAGUGAUCAAACGCUACUAAUAAUAAUAAUAAUAAUGUGAGAGUUUGAUCACUGUGAUGUUUGUGUUGUAAAAUGAAACCAAGAGAUAAUCAAAGAGGAACUGUAAUAGACUUUGUAUAAGUAAGAAACCAACCAGCCUUGUAUUUGUAUAUGAACUACACUAAUAAACAUGUAUGCCUUUUAUAUGACACUAUUAUUUUAUGUCUUGGCAGCAAAGAUUGCAAUAUUAAUCCUCAGAAUGUACAGAGUGCCUUCAAAACCUUUUCCAUGACUCUUGUGUCUGAUUUGCUGGAUGGACGUUGGUUGGCCACCUCUCCUUUUUCUAGAGUGAGAGAUCAAACUUGUACAGCCUGAUGAUACAGAUGAUGUAAAAACUUUGUGAAAGAAGUGAUGCUGAGGAAAAUAUGGUUUUAUUUAAAAUAAAGACACUCAUUAUUUCACCACA